AACUUCAAGAUAUUGACAAACAACUAAACUCACACAAACAAAACAAACAAGAUACACUCUUGAAUCUUGAAUUUGAGCAGAAAACAUGGUUGUGAAAGUGUAUGGACCAGCCUAUGGUUCCCCAAAAAGGGUGUUGGUAUGUCUGUUUGAGAAGGAAGUUGAGUUUGAAGCUGUUGAUAUUGAUCUCUUCAAGGGAGAGCAUAAACAACCUGAUUUCCUCAAACUGCAGCCUUUUGGAGAGGUUCCUCUUGUUCAAGAUGGUGAUUAUACCCUCUAUGAAUCUCGAGCAAUAAUCAGAUACUACGCAGAAAAGUACAAGAACCAAGGAACUGAUUUGUUAGGAAAGACGGUAGAAGAAAGGGGUCUUGUGGAACAAUGGCUUGAAGUGGAAGCACAUAACUUUCACCCAGCAAUCUACAGCUUGGUCAUCAAUGUUCUGUUUGCACCAUUAAGGGGUGUUCCCGGUGACCAAAAAGCGAUUGAAGAGAGUGAUGAAAAGCUGAAGAAAGUGUUGGAUAUUUAUGAGGAGAGGCUCUCAAAGACCAAGUACUUGGCUGGUGAUUUCUUUAGUCUUGCUGAUCUUAGCCAUCUUGCAUUUGGUCACUAUUUGGUGAAUCAAACUGGGCGAGGAAAUUUGGUUCGAGAGAGGAAACAUGUGAGUGCAUGGUGGGAUGAUAUUAGUAGCAGGCCAUCUUGGAAGAAGGUUCUGGAACUAUAUAAAUACCCUGUGUAAUGGUUUUGUUUGUGAACAACAUUGCAAAUACCCCAAAUAAGAGUUUCAGUUUGAGGGGGGGUUUCUUCAAUGCUUUCUGUUACUUGCUUUGAGAAUAAAAUGUUUGCUUUCUAGUUUGGUUUGUUCUAGACAAUAUGCUGUAGGAAUCUCCAAACAUAUGUAUUUUUCUGGCAAACAUGAUUUCAGUAAUAAAAUUUGAUGUUUGGUCAUUUUAA